CCCCAAGGGAUGCAUAUAAUGUAGAUGCACGCUCACCCUGCUCCUUCCCACCUUUGCGUCCCGUCCCAACAGCCAAGGACCAGAAAUCACUUCCGCCCUCACUAAAACACUUCCACCGUCACCAAAACACUUCGCCAUGGCGCCAAAACCCUUCCGAGCCAUCAUUGUCGGUGGUGGCGUCGGUGGCCUGACGCUCGCCAACAUCCUGGAGCAGCUGGACAUUGACUAUGUCCUCCUCGAGUCCUACCGCGACUUUUCCCCUCAGGCCGGCGCCAGUAUUGCCAUGAUGCCGGGCGGCCAGCGCAUCCUGGAGCAGCUGGGCUGUAAACAAGCCUUCGUCGAGGGCGUUCCCAGCCUCGACACUACCACGCCGACUGUCCAAGGCAAGCCAAUAUUCAUCUUCCGAGGCUACAACGAAAAUAUGAUCAAGAGAACUGGACACGGGGUGGCGUUCAACGAUCGACAGGUGCUGCUCCGAGUUCUGCACGACAACGUCAAGGACAAGUCCAAGCUACUGCUCAAUAAGCAUGUCGCAAAGGUGACGACCACCGAUGCAGGCGCGGCGGUGGAGACAAAGGAAGGUGACGUCUUCGAGGGCGACAUCAUCGUCGGGGUCGAUGGUAUCCGGAGCACCGUCCGCGAGGAGAUGUGGCGCAUCGCCUCCAAGGCCUCGCCGGGAUAUUUCCCCAAAGAUGAAUGGAAACGCGUCCCCAUCGAGUUCAAAUGCCUAUUUGGAAUCUGCAGGUCUCACAAGCGGAUCCCGACGGGGUCCGUCGUCACGGGAAUAAGUCGAGGCCACUCGUACCUCAUCCUGAGUGGGCCCGAGAGCAAGUUGUACUACUUCCUGUUCGUGAAGCUCCCCAAGCCCAUCACAGCCGACAAGACGCCGCGCUACUCGACCGAGGACGCCAAGGCGCUGGCCGAGGAUCACCGCCACGAUGCCAUAAUCGACGACUGCACCUUUGGCCAGAUCUUCGACAACAGCAUCUCGUUCGGCAUGACGCCCAUCCACGAGCACGUCUUCGAGAAGUGGCACUACGGCCGCGUCAUCACCCUCGGCGACGCCGCGCACAAGCCCAAUCCCAUCAGCGGCCACGGCGGCAACGGCGCCAUUGAGAGCGUGGCGGAGCUGGCCAACCAGCUGAAGCGCCGCCUCGACUCGUUGUCACCCGGCGCCCGCCUGUCCGCCGAGGACGUCGGUUCCGUCUUCAGGGACACACAGACCGUCCGAUUUGAGCGCGCAAAGACAUUUGUGCAGUUCUCCCACGACCAGCAGGACUUUAACGCCCCGUCCGGCGCGCUCGGCUUCCUCGGCAUCCGCGUGGCUCCGUGGCUUCUUAGCGAGGAGAUCAUGACCGAGCUACAGCUGCACCUCGCCGUCGACGCCGUCCGCAUCGAGGCUCUGCCUGUGCCCUUUCACCCCCACUACAUCCCCUGGACGGACGAGCUCCCCGCCAAGCCCAUCAAGCACUCGUGGGUUCCUAGGGCUGUCGUUGCCCUUGUCCUACUGGGCCUGACCUACGCGGCCGGAUACGGGAUCACGGGGGUUAAAACGGUGCCCGAGUCGUUCCUUGGUCAUCCGUUCAGGGACUUCUACACCGGGCAGCAGGGCAUAGACAACCUGCUUGACCUCUUGACCAGGGUAUUCUCGCUUGUUGUGGGCAGUCCGAGCCUCGAGAACCGCCUCCAGGUUAUUUAUUUCCUAGCCAUACUGACACCCAUGGUGCUGAUCUGGAUGGUGGAGGCGCACCGGCGCGGAAACCUGCAGUCAAUCUUGGGACGCCUUGUGAUAUGGCCUUCGAUCUACGCCGUCGGAUACCAGAUCUUCUCCAUCGCCCGGGUCGGCCCCAUCUACUUUCUCGCCACCAUGUUCGCGGGCCGCAAGGACAUGUACUACCGCCAGUCCAGCCGCGUCGUGGACCAGGACGUCGCGCGCGCUCUGCUCCCCGCCGUCAGCCUCGCCUUCGUCCUCCCGACCAUCUGCAUGCUGUUGCCGCUGUGGGGCGCGCCUGCCGCCUGGCUCGACUUUAUGACCUUUUGGCAGGUCGCGCCCGUGCUCGUCGGCCCGCUCACGUCGUUCCUCGCGUCCGUAAUCCGGAGCGCCCGCCUCGCCGGCGAUAAGACCGCGGCGGCGGCUGUGGCGGCCACCGAGGACUACGCGGCGGCGCACGGCGGCACCACCGUCGUCGGCUCCGUCGGCCACGACGAGCUGUACCGGAACAUCGACCUGCCGCAUCUCCUGACCGCUUACACGGCCGCCUUCUACAGCGCCGCGGCCAUGCACGUCGCCGUGGCCGUCUACGUGCUCGCAUCGCCCGACGCCUCCCUCCGCGGCGUCUUCCUCAACCUGCCCUGCUGGCCCUGGAGCGACGGCGCCGCGACGUGGAGCGCGGACGCCGCCUCGACCGCCGAGGUGGCGAUCGUCAUCUUUAGGUGGGAUUUUGUCGUCUACGCCGCCACGCUGCUUGUCUGGUGCCUGCACACCGUGGCCGAGAUGCGGCGCGUCGGCUACGUGCGCACGGCCGACGCCUGGAAGGCCGCCGUCGCCGUCGCCGCGUCCUUCGUCCUGGUCGGACCGGGCGCCAUGUACGCCGCCACGUGGUAUUGGCGCGAGAAGGCCAUUGCGAGCCAGAGCAAGAUGGAGGAGGGCGAGGCGAAGAAGGUUAGGUAGAGGGAUGCAGUCCUGGAUUUGUGGAGGUGCGCAGGUGUUGUUUUGGUUUUCGGAGUGUCGCGGGCAUAUCAGCGAUGCGUUACUUACGAAGAAGACGCGGAGUUGCAGAGACCUCGAAGGGAAGGAGUUUUCACCUAGCCUUACAUUAAACAGCUGUCGGCUGGGGGCACGGUUUUUACCUUCAUAUAUUUAACCUGAUCCGUAGUGCUCCCCAUGGGCUAUAUAGCUCGAAAGAGGUAAAUAAAGUUAUAUAUCAGCGAUGUGUGGGGUGGGUGGUGU